AUUUUAUAAGCAACUCAUGGAUUCAAGACUUUGCUUGAUACCCAGAUUAUAAAAAGCCACCUCCCCGAACCUGUGUUUCACUCUCUUCUCCAUCAAAUAAUCACAACCCAAACCCUUCACCACUCUCACCCACUCAAACAAAACAAAAAUGUCCGCCCCCAAAGUCUGGCUCAUCACCGGCGCCUCCUCCGGCCUCGGCCGCGAGAUCGCCCUCCGCGCCCUCGCCCAAGGCGACAUCGUCUUCGCCACCGCCCGCAACCCGGCCAAGAUCCCCUCCUCCUUGACCUCGCAAGAAUCCUGCAUCGCCGAGACUUUCGACGUCACCUCCCCUGACGCCGUCCUCGCCGAGACCGUCGCGCGCAUCGUCUCCCACCCCAAGAACGUUUCCGGCCGCAUCGACAUCGUCGUCAACUCGGCCGGCUACGUCCUGGCCGGCGGCUGCGAGGAGGCUUCCGCCGAGGAGGCUCUCGCGACCUUCAACACCAACGUGUUGGGCCAGCUGGCUGUCGGCCGCGCCGUGCUUCCCGUCUUGCGCCGUCAGCGUGGCGGUGUUCUUGCCAACGUCGGGUCUAUUCUUUCGUAUCUGGGCCCCGCGGGCGCCGGUCUCUACUCGGCGACCAAGGCCGCGUGCUCGAUUCUUUCCGAGGCCUUGACCGGCGAGGUCAAGCACCUCGGCGUCAAGGUUACCGUUAUCGAGCCGGGCUAUUUCCGCACGCCGGUCCUCGACCAGGGCCAUCUGCUGAACCCGGCCAAGACGAUCGACGAGCUUAGGGGCGAGAACGGAAGCCAGGAGAUGAUGGGCACGCUGGCACAGUGGGAGGAGAAGAAUAACAAGCAGCCUGGUGACCCGGCCAAGUUGGCGGACGUGGUGGUGGAUGCGCUCAGUGGGAACGGCAAGUAUGCGGAUAGAGAGUUGCCCGCGAGGUUGAUCAUUGGAAAGGACGCGUAUGGGCUUUGGGCGCUGGUGCAGGAGAAGCAGAGGAAGCAGAUGGAGGAGUGGAGGGAGGAGUGCACGGGCACGGAUUUCACUGAGUAAAGGGGGGAGACUCUGAGAGGUUUUUCUGAGUGAAUGGGGGAUGGGGAUGGGGAUUGGGGGGAUGAAGGAAAAUCAUUGGGUUAGGGUAAUAAUGA